AUGGACCGGAUUUUGGAAGAACUCGAAGAGGUCCACAACUAUGAAUCAAGCUCUGUUACAGGGUAUAUGGAAGGAGAGUCGCCGCAAGCUGAGUCUUCCUCCGCUCAUACCAGGAACGAGGAAGAGCAGUCUGCUCAAUCAUACUCUUACCCCACCCGCAGCACCAGCACUGAGUCGCCGCAGAACAUGUUCCAAGAUUCCGUUGGGAAGCAACCGAAUCUUUAUGAUUACGUCCUAUUUGUAACGCGUCGGAGGCCGAAAAAGUCACCUAACCACCUGCUUUCACCGGAACCUUCUAGUCCCGCAGAAAUCGCCGAGCGUGAGCAUAUCCUCAGUGUCAGAAACUCCCGGAAUUACUAUGAAAGCGCAUCGAACGCGCGAAACAAAGUCUUCGAACCUCUUGACUUCAAAGGUCGAAACGACGCCGCCUGGUUGCGUCCACUAUGUGGAGGUUCUGGUCAUUUUGCUCUACCACACUGUGUGAGCGGGCAAUGGCUGAACAGCGACGAAAGGAUGUUCAAACGGGCUUCAGCAGAGAUAAAAAGCUGUGCAGAAAACUUCAUCGAGGCAAUGCGCGGCAAGAGGAUUAAAGAGCUCAAGUACCAUUGCAGAGAUAGAUAG